AUGGGAGAUCGUUUUUUUAUUGCUGGUCAAUGGCUAAAUUCACUCUCUUUCAUGUUCAAUCAAUUAAUGAAAGCUUAUAGAUCUUGUGGCUGCCAAUUUGGCAAAGAUCGCUAUCACUGCGGUCAACAAUGGCAUCCUAACCUCCAACCUUAUGGAAUUUCAUACUGUAUUCUUUGUACAUGCAAAUCGAAUGGAGCAGUGGAAUGUGUCGAUCUGAAAAACAAAUGCGAAAAGCCAACAUGCCAAAAUCCUUCAGUCUUACCAGGCCGUUGCUGCCCACAAUGUCCAGAUGACCCAGAGGUCAUGGCUGCUACAUCAUCUCCACCUGCCAGCUACCAACAACCCACUUGCCAUUUCUUAGGCAAAGAUUAUAACAGUGGACAAUGUUGGCUUUCUACAGAUAAAAGAAAAUUGCCUACAGCUACUCGUGAUCGUCAGUGUAUCGAAUGCAAUUGCAUCAGUGGUGGAGUUUUUUGUUCUCCUCGAAAAUGCCCAAUUUUAAAGUGCAAAAAUCAAAUUCAAAAUAAUAAUACCUGCUGUCCAGUGUGUAAAGAUGAAAGUUUUAAGACAGAAAUGAGUCCAUGUGCUAAUAUGGGCAACAGUUAUAUUAAAAACUCGCCUUGGCAUCCAUAUUUCCAGCCAUUUGGAUAUUCCCCAUGUUAUGAAUGUGUUUGCAACAAAGGUGAAGUUAAUUGUCGAAAAAUUCGGUGCUCAGAGCUCAACUGCAAUAGUCAGUCAUCAUUUUCAUCAGGUGGUUGCUGUUCAGUUUGCGAUAAAAGCUCUGUCACAACGUAUGAAGAAUCUCCAAAUUCAACUAUAGUACCUAGCAAUGAAACCUCAAAUUUGUUUCAAACUGCAAAACCGAGUUUGCAAAUGGCAACUACAGAUAAACCGAAAAAGAGUUGUAAAUUUGAUGGUCUAACGAAGAGACAUGGACAAACCUGGCAUCCAGUUCUACCUCCUCUUGGUCCAAUGAACUGUAUAGACUGCCACUGCCAAAAUGGUAAAGUGACGUGUAAUCCUGUAAUUUGCCCUACAAUAUAUCCAUGUGAUAACCCGAAAAUAAUAGAUGGUCAUUGCUGCAAGAUUUGCUCUGAAAUUAAAGACCCUCAGUCUACGACUACCACUGUUUCAACUACACCUAUAUCCACUAAAACACCACCAUCAGCGGUCAUUUAUCGCGUCUACAGAUAUAUUUCUUUUCCAUCCCAAUACAACUGUAAAGUUCAAUUAGCUAUCCAAAAUACUCAAACAGAAAUAUUUGAAAUUCAUUCAUGGAAAGGAAACGCAAGCUUCAGGAAAUUCAACUUAAAACUGUUAACUUUAGAUGAUUUCCAAUACGGCAACUUGUUAGAUUUAACAGGCCAAUUUAAAUACCUUGGUAUAACUACAAAAGAUAAAGUGACUGAAAUGGAAAAACUUGAAAAUCAAAUGAAAAUUAUCAGUUGUCCUUGUUACUGCAGUCACACCAUGGAAAGAUUAUUAACUACAUUAAUGAUUACAAAAAAGUACUAA